GUUAGUGAUUAUUCCGCCCCGCUCCGCCGCCGCCGCCGCCACCACAUUUCAACCCCUCCAACCUCAACUUCUCACAACCUGUAACCUGCUACGAAGCCUGACUUGACGCAAUGUCAAAAGACUACGGAUGAAAGCUACUAGAGCCAAGCGACUCUGCAGAUAUGCCUUCGACUGACGAUGAUCUCCUCGCACGCUUGAACGCGCUCAAACAGACGCCCAUCAAUCUCUCCACAUCCAAGUCCGUGCUUUCCACCAGGCCUGACGCAAUACCCGACAUCACGUCAGAUCUCGCCGAGCCCGAUUCAGAUCCGAUCAUAGAUCUUGCCGCGCGUUUCAAAGCGCUUGGUAAUCCAGGCAAGGAAAAAGCCAAGGCGAACCAACGACGCGUCGCGCAGCCUCUUGGUGCCGACGGCGAUGAUAUUGAGAUUGAGACGGCAUUUACGGGUGGCUCGAGGGAUUGUGAUGAUGAGAAGACGCUUGAGGAGCUAUUGAGAGAGCUGGGACCGGGCGAUAGUCAAGAGUGGAUGGUGGGAAGAGGUGAAGCCCAAGACCUGGGGAAAUUAGUGGAGGAGGCGAGGAGAGUAAUUCCGGAUGUGCCGAGAUUGCAGCCUGGUAGAAAGGGUGGAAACAUAGGAGAGAUGGAAGAGACUGGAGGUAGUGAUGGUGAGGAUAGUGAGGAGCAUGAGGAUGAACAGGACGAAAGAGACGCAGACGAGUAUGUGGCCAAAGUCCUCGCCGAAUUGGAGAUGGACCAGAAAUACGGGGGCGAGGAAGAUGGAAUAGGUGAAGAUGAAGAACAUGCUGAAGAGGACUCGAAGGGACAUAUGGAUACAAGUUCCGAUAUCCAACCAGACAGCUCGCAAACUCCUCUCUCGCUUCCAUCGGCACCAUCCACGCAGCCUGUUGACACGCCUACAAAGGAAGACAUUGAUAAUGCCCUCACAGCACGUCUGAACGCACUGUCGUUACCUUCAGCUCCCUCAUUUGCUCUUUCGAAGAAACCCACUAAAGUCACAAAGUCACUACCAAAGUUCACGGACGAUGAGAUUGAGUCGUGGUGCAUUAUAUGCAAUGAUGACGCAACUCUGAAAUGUACUGGAUGUGAUGGCGAUCUCUACUGUCGCAGCUGUUGGAAGGAAGGGCAUACAGGAGAGAGUGCGGGCUAUGAAGAGAGAAUGCAUAGAACAAGGAAAUAUGAAAAGAAAUCCUGAAUGCCUUUCUUCUGUCACCCAACUUCGACUCAGUGUCUGGCACGUAGUAUUACAGUAUCAGAGUUUCUCUUCAUACAUAACCUCAAGCCUGGCAGAACUCCUACAAUUCCCCUCGUUUCGACAGCGUACCUU